UGUGAUGCUGUAAGACUUUAGACAGUGUGGAGAGUGGUCGGACCAAGUGGCUGGAAGUAGAUAUAUACCUGCCUGGUGCAAACUCAACUGAGUCUUUUCUUUAAGCAGGCAAAAAGAAACCCCUCCCGAACAUGAGUAAGGACACCGAGGUCGAUAUGAAGGAUGUUGAGUUGAACGAGUUGGACCAGGAGAAACUACCGAUGACCGGCGACGGACCGGGGGCUGAGAAGAACGGAAACUUGAAGCAGAAGGUACCGGAGGAGGAUGUUAAGUUUACCGGGCUGUCGAAGGAAGAGCUCAUGAAAGUCGCUGGCACACCCGGGUGGGUGAGGACACGCUGGGUGCUCCUGGUCUUGUUUUGGUUGGGCUGGGUGGGGAUGCUGGCUGGGGCCAUAGUGAUCAUCGUCCAGGCCCCCAGGUGUAAACCCAUACCUGAGAUGAACUGGUGGAACCAGGGUCCUCUCUAUCAGAUCGCUGACCUGGACGCCUUCAACCACGACAAGGGAAUCAAAGGUGUAGUUGAGGUACUGGACAGUCUGAACCAGUUGAAGGUGAAGGGCCUGGUUCUGGGGCCUCUUCACACUGUCCAGCAGGACCAAGCAGACACCUUAGACCUGGUCUCUAUGGACCCCGGGGUAGGAACUGACCAGGACCUGCUAGUUUUGCUGGACAAGGCACACAAGAAGGGUAUCUCUGUGGUGUUGAAUCUGACCCCUAACCCUGGAGCUGACCCCUGGUUCAGUCCUGAUCACUUACCUAAAGUACUGGACAAACUCAGGGAUGCUGCGGAACACUGGCUGGGGAUGGGCGUGGACGGUCUGCAGGUGUGCGGCCUCGCUGCUGCCAGCGCCUCUUCUGAUUGGUCCAAGUUCCAGGAUGUCGUCCAGGGCAACAGGACGGAGGUGGACGUGAAGAAUAGAGCUCUAAUAGGAGUGGUUGAUGGUCAGGACUCCUCUGCCGUCUCUCAACUUCUCAACUCUUCUGGUGUGGAUCUGAUACUGUCUGAUGUCCUUACCAAGGCAAACUCCGGUAUCGAGAGAGCGAAGUCCAUCCACGGCCUGGUGUCGACCCAGAAACAGAGCUCUUUAGCCUGGGGGCUAGGAGGCAGUUUGGGGAACCAUCUGGCUUCAGUGGUGGAGAAACCAGAACUGGUGCGUCUUUACCAGCUCAUGCUCUUCACGCUGCCUGGGACACCUGUCUUCAACUACGGAGAUGAGUUGGGGCUCGUGGACCAGGGCUCCACCUCUCCGAAGAUGCUGUGGGACACUGAGGAAGAGGAGGUUGCAGAAGGAGCUGUGAAGAACGAGACAGCCGAGGCCCUGAAGACUCAUCGUCUGACAUGUCGUUCGUGGUUUAAGACCCUCUCUGACCUGAGGGGUAAAGAACGUUCCCUCCUUCAUGGGGACUACUUCCACCUCCACUCCUCCUCCGCGUCCCUUGCUUUCCUGCGUCUGUGGGACCAGAGCGAGCGAUACCUGACGGCCGUUAACUGGGGCUCCGCCACCUUAACCCUGGUCCUCAACCACACAGAGCUGAGCCUCCCGGAGCAGGCUAAAGUGAAGCUUAGUACUGACCCUGAGAACCUGGCUGCAGACAGCUCUGUCUCGCUGGAUAAACUGCUGCUGGGACCCGGACAGGCUGUCCUAUUGACCUUCCCCUUCGCUUAGGAGGGGCUAGAACAGAGACCAGGACUAGAACAGAGACCAGGACUAGAACAGAGACCAGGACUAGAACAGAGACCAGGACUAGAACAGAGACCAGGACUAGAACAGAGACCAGGACUAGAACAGAGACCAGGACUAGAACAGAGACCAGGACUAGAACAGGCCAGAAUAAGAAACUACUAAACAUAACUUUUACACCUGGAACAAAGGGAGAAUGCAGAGAAUGUUUUAGAUCACAGAAAACAAGCAGAAGGAAUAUAUAGUAUAAACAGCAGUAUUUAGCCAGUGCUUAAAAAUAUUAAAUGUUCGGCCAGAAUGACUAUUUCCAACUGUUAAAACAUUCCAGUUCAGAUUUGAUCAAAUGUUUUUGUUUCAAAACAUUUAAAAGGAACUUUUUAGUUCCAUUUUUAAAUUUUUUGUUUUAUGACCUCUUGAGUUGAACUGUUGAAGUAGGAAAAUAUCAGUUUGAAUUUAAAAAUGUAUUAUUUUUUUUCCUUCAAUCUGUUCAUUCCAUUCAGUGGAAUAUAAUUGUUAUUCAAAUUGCUAGUAUCGGAGAAGAUUGCUAGAUAUUGUUCUGACUAAAACUUAAAAGGAGCAAAAUAAAAGUCCUGUGUAAUAAUAUGCCUGGUGACAAUCAAG